GGCGGUGAGGGAAGAGGGUGGCGGGAGCAGCGCUGCGGCCAUGAGCGCCGCCCGCCGCUGCAGCCCGCCCCGGGCGCUGGCAGGAUUAUUUGUCUGGCAUCUGAGGAACACUGGAAUACGGCAGAUACCAUGCCAGUUUGUACAUCUGUGCCGUGUAGCCAAUGACAGAUUGAUUACAUUUCAGUACUUUAACUUUCUCAAACGAAUGUAUGUAACGCAAUACAACAAAGACCUCAGCCAACAAGCCAAACCUAAGUCGGAUGCAGUUGCAUCUCCUUUUCGUGAGCUUCAGCAAUUGGAUCGAGAAAAAAAGGUUAUACUCAAGAUUAGAGCAAUUUCACCUGUUCAUCAAUCUUUGUCUGAGACACCAAGCAGAAAUGAGUUGAGAGAAGUGAAGUCAGCUGCGGACGAAGACUCAGUCGCACCAGUAAGAGCAGAAUCCAAAGAAGACAGACAAUGGAAAGAAAUGAAGCUACGACUGGAUGAUUUUCCAGGAAUUUUGGCACGCUUGUCCAAAAUUAAGCUUACAGCUCUGGUUGUAAGCACCGCGUCUGCUGGCUUUGCCAUGGCCCCGGUCCCUUUUGACCUGACCUGUUUCCUGCUUGCCUCCCUCGGAACCGGACUGGCAUCCUGUGCUGCCAACUCCAUCAAUCAGUUCUUUGAGGUUCCAUUUGACUCAAAUAUGAACAGGACAAAAAACAGGCCACUGGUGCGAGGACAGAUCAGCCCCCUGCUCGCCGUCUGUUUUGCUGCCUCCUGCGGAGUCCCGGGAAUCGCCCUGCUGACGCUGGGAGUAAACCCUCUCACCGGGGCCCUGGGAGCCUUCAACAUUUUCUUGUACACGUGUUGCUACACACCCAUGAAGAGAAUGAGCAUUGCCAACACGUGGGUGGGAGCUGUCGUCGGUGCCAUUCCCCCCGUCAUGGGCUGGACUGCAGCUACUGGUAGUCUUGAUGCUGGUGCGUUACUGUUAGGAGGAAUCCUCUAUUCCUGGCAGUUCCCUCACUUCAACGCCCUGAGCUGGGGUCUGCGGGAAGAUUACUCCCGAGGAGGAUACUGUAUGAUGUCCGUCACCCACCCAGGGCUGUGCAGGCGGGUGGCUCUGCGUCACUGCCUGGCCUUAAUUGGACUCUCGACGGUGGCUCCUGUUCUCGACAUCACCACGUGGACUUUCCCCAUCAUUUCGCUCCCGAUCAACCUCUACAUCUCCUACCUCGGCUUUCGGUUCUACAGGGAUGCAGACCGCAGCAGCUCCAGGAAGCUCUUCUUCUGCAGUCUGUGGCAUUUGCCGAUGCUGCUGCUUGUCAUGUUCACGUGCAAGAAAUCGUUCCUAGAGAAGGAAGACAAAGGCGAUCUGCUUGGUGAAAGUCAUGGGAGGGCUAUGGAAAUUAGAUUGCCUUAAAUGUCAAUUACUUGUCGUCCUCGUGACACAUCAGGUAGUAUAUUUUAGUAAUUACAAGGGGGAAACCUGUGGAGAUCUGUUUGAAGAAGAAUCAUUUGUGCCUAGCGACCACUUCAUGCGAUAAUUUUCUAUUUUCUUCUGAAAGGGAAUAGACACGAGAGCUUAAAGCAUUCAUGGGCCUCAGGCCUGUUCACUCCUCAUGGCUUACAAUUUAGCCUAUGUCAGAAGCACAUCACUUUGGGAUGGCCUUCCAAAGCCUCCCGGAGUCGUGGUCUCUCAUCUCGUGGAUAGGUUUUCAGUUAGCAAGUCACAUGCGCACACUUAGUAACCGCCAGCACUGGCAGCCUUGGCGAAGCCAUCAGGAAGCGACAGAUGAAUGAUUUAUCACCCCUGCUCCCCAAGCACCCUUUCCAAAUUAAGCUUUGAGGCACAUGGUGGGUUGGGUGAACUCUUCUUGUCUCGAUCCGUGCCGUCCCUGCUCUGAUAUUACACAGAGGCCUUCAGUUUCUGAGGCUUUUUUCAAUCAGCUACUUUUCCCGAGGUUCCCAUUCACCCCAGUAGAUUUUUAGUUUUCAUACAGCUGGCACAAUGCUAAAGCAGUAAGAAAGCUGUCUUUCAGCACACCACACGUCAGCAUUUAAACAACCUCCAGAUGAACAGCUAUUCUGUAGCGUAUACCUUGAACACACUCUAAGCCAUUCUGCUGUACGUCCAUCACGGGGAAUUUCUGACUCCCGUGUGGUUUUAUGUCAUUAGAGUUUGAGCCCUGCGUGUCAGAUCUUCGGCUGGUAAAAAUUGCCAUUACUGUUUAUGUCAGUGAAGCUUUGCAGAGGUGUAGGAGGUGAGAACCAGAUCUCAGAGUCUGGUAGUUUUAAGGCUUUUCUAUGCUAAUGCGUCUUGUGCCAGCCCAUUCAGUCUCAAUGUCCUCGGACAAGCUCUGGACUUGCAUCAGGAGUUUGAACUGUAUUUCCUGUCACACUGUGGUGGCUCAGAGAGGCGGCUUCGCUUUUGGGGUAUAUAAUUGGUAAGGAAACACAUUUUACAUAAAAAAAGUUGGGUUUUUUUAUCUAAUAUUAUAAUGUUCAAAUUACUGAUGCAGCCAGUGUCUCUCAAAAGCAAUUAUUGUGGAUGGUCUCACCAGGAAAAUGCAUUAUCUUUUGUAACUGAUACACUGAAAAACAUUUCUAGCCACAGUCUAAUGGGCUUGCGAUCCCACUGCGGGGCUGUGGCUAACCCUCAGCCUACCUGGGGCUGGCUGCGACCCGCUGGGAUGCUUCCAGACACAGCAGCAUCCAGAGCAGACAAAGACUGUGUUACAGUUUAUUGUGGUAGUUAGUGCCUGUUAUGACUUGAUGUGUUUUCACGCCAAGAUUUCUUUCCCACGUGGAGAGGGACUGGGCAGCACGGUUGUGCAUCAAUCCAAAGAUCCAGUAAUACCUGAAAUGGGAGACACUGUCUCUAAUCUGAUCCCGAAUAAAGCCCUUCAGGAAACAUCACAAAUCUGCCACCACGUGCGUAUCACGCUGACAUAAAAUCUUCACUGGCUGCUUUCAUGAUACGAGCCCAACUUCUGGUCUCAGUUACACUGGUGUAAAUCAGGAGUGACACGGUUAACCUCUGUUCUGCUGGCAGAGGUGCUCGCAGGAGCAGAGCCACCUGUUUUACAUGGCUCUUAAAUAAUCGGUUGCAAGAUUUUCUGACUCUCUCAAGUGAUUGCAGAUGACAGGAUUGAGUUCCCUCUUCCUGUUUGUCUGACGGACUCCGUUGUACUCGAGUUACUGUGGGCAACACUUCGUAGAAAUGUCUGGAAACUGUGCAACUCCUGAAUUUGUUUUAAAACUGCAUCCAGUCUUCUCUGCAAUAAAGUGCGUACUGU